AAUUUCUGUAAAAAUUUCUUUGCAGAAAAAAGAUCAUAAAAUCUCCUUUUUGCUUCAUCUGGGAGCUGCAGAGAAGAAAAUUGCAAGUUAAGGGCUUGAGGGUGAAGUUUCACUAGGAAAGUGAACAUGGCCGACUCUCAGGACAUCGAGAAAGGAUCAAGUGACAGCUUGUUUCAGCCAUUUAUUCGAAAAGAUGAAAGACGGCGAAACUCGGACGAUAAUGGCAGUUUGUUCAUGGUUCUUGUCAGCACAUUUGUUGCAGUCAUGGGCUCUUUUGAGUUUGGCUCAAGUAUUGGAUACUCUUCACCUACACAGCAAGCUAUAAUGGAGGAACUUGGAAUGUCCUCUCAGCAGUUUUCAGUAUUUGGAUCCAUACUAACUAUCGGUGCAAUGGUUGGUUCAAUCUCUUGCGGGCGUGCUGCUGAUCUGCUUGGCCGAAAAGGGACUAUGAAGAUGUCAUCAAUCAUCUCCAUUGCAGGAUGGCUUAUAAUUUAUCUCUCUGUAGCUGAAUGAAUGAAUUCCUUUUUCUAGGGACCUGUGGCUCUAGAUUUGGGAAGAUUUUUAACAGGAUAUGGCAUUGGUGUUAAUUCCUAUGUCGUGCCGGUUUUCAUUGCUGAGAUAUCCCCAACAAACCUUCGAGGGGCUUUAUUAACAGUACAUCAGGUUGCCAUCGCCUCUGGUCUGCUGGUGGCCUAUACAGUAGGAGCAUUUGUUUCUUGGAGAACAGUGGCUUUAACUGGGAUGAUUCCAUGUGCAGUUAUGAUUUUGGGGCUUUAUUUCAUCCCAGAGUCCCCUAGAUGGCUGGCAAUGGUUGGCUGCCAAGAUGAUUUCAUUGCUCAACUUCACAAGCUUCGUGGACACAGUGCUGAUGUUUCAAUAGAAGCUGUUGAAAUUCAAGAUUCUUUGACAACUCUUCAUCGUCUUCCAAAAGCCAGUGUGUUGGAUUUGUUUCGAAAGAUAAACUUACGUUUAGUGAUUAUCGGAGUUGGACUGAUGGUGUUCCAACAGUUCUCUGGCUACAAUGGAGUAGUUUACUAUGCAAACCAAAUUUUUACAUCCGCAGGAGUUCCUCCAAAUGUUGGAAGCAUUCUCUAUGCAUGUUUACAGAUAAUUGUUCUUUCACUUGGUGCUGUCAUAAUCGAUAGAGUUGGAAGAAGACCUCUUUUGAUGAUUUCUGCAAGCGGAAUGCUCCUUGGCAGUCUACUUACUGGAGCCGCCUUCUAUUUGAAGGAACAUCAACUGGCUUCUGAUUGGGGUCCAAUGUUCACAAUAAUUGGCAUCAUGAUAUAUAUGGGUUCUUAUUGUCUUGGAUUGGGUGGAAUUCCAUGGAUCGUAAUGUCUGAGAUAUUCCCUCUCCACAUCAAAGGAAUGGCUGGCAGCCUGGUCACAUUGGUCAGCUGGGGUGGUACUUGGGUUGUUUCCUACACUUUCAGCUCUCUCAUGACCUGGACCUCCCACGGCACAUUUUUGGUGUUCGCCACCUUCUGUGCUGCAGCUAUUGUGUUCAUCUUCAACCUGGUACCGGAGACAAAAGGCCGUACCUUGGAAGAAAUUCAGGCUUCUAUGGGUUAUUCCAUUGAAUAAAAACUAAGAUCGAAUCAAAUCCACUUGUCUAGAUUACUUUGUC